CUCAGGCUUUGGUUUGACUUGAACUGAAAAUCAACAUCACUGACAAAGUCGACAGAAGCUCAGUGAUCUUCUACUUUCGAAUUCGGAGAUCUCAUCGCUUGAAUCUUCUUCACGGAAACUGCACGACUUUUUUCCACCAGCCUCUCUCCACAUAUCUCACUUCAAGGAAAAAAGCAUUUUCACCUGCUUUCAACUUACCCAGUUGAUAUCAAACCACAAUGGCUGACAGAAGACGUAUCAACGGCCCUCCUGGGGCCACAAUGGCGCCAGUAUUUGAAGAUGACGCCGGUCAACCAGAGAUCAAGAACGGCAAGGGAAGAGAUCGGGCACCAAAUGUCAUUCGCAAGACGUUUCUCAAGACAGGCGUAACUCCAUCAGCUUCUGGUUCCGCCUAUCUGGAGUUUGAAGGGUCCAGCAAGAGUGGUGUCUCAGGGUUGAAGCUCAGCUGCACAGUCCAUGGGCCACGGUCUCUCCCAAGAUCAAGCCCAUUCUCACCUCACAUCGUUUUGUCAGCCCAUGUCAAAUAUGCGCCGUUUGCUACAAAGCAGAGACGGGGCUAUCUACGAGACCCCAGUGAGAGAGAUCUCGGCACCCAUCUCGAAACAGCUCUCCGUGGGGCCAUCAUUGCAGAUCGCUGGCCGAAGAGCGGUGUCGAUAUUAUCAUCUCGAUCAUCGAAGGAGACCAAGACAGAGAGACAUCAAGAUCUCAAGGAGAUGAGACUUGGGACAUGAUGAACGUGUUGAGUGGGUGCAUCACAGUGGCUUCAGCUGCAUUGGCAGACGCUGGUAUCGAUUGUGUGGACACUGUUGCCGGAGGUGUUGCUGCACUCGUUCAAGAUGCCGGCGAGGACUCAACGCCUAGGAUUGUUGUUGACCCCAUUCCGUCGGAUCACGAGAAGGUAUUGGGGGCUUGCUGCGUAGCCUAUCUGCCCACAAGAGACGAGGUCACCAACUUGUGGUUCAAGGGUGAUCUGCCAGCCGCCGAUGCUGGUCUGUACACGCAGUUGGUGGAGAACGGCCUUCAAGCUUCAAGAACCGCCAACCGGGUGCUUGUUGAGUGCCUGGGUGAAGCUACGAGCUAA